UAUGGAUUAACCAAGACAUAUAUUCAAAAGAGUAAAAGAGCGUUCUAUAAUGGAUGCUAAAUAAAGUGUUGAUGAGUGGCGAAAAUUAUUCAAGAACGGUGAAAUAGAUUAAAAUGGUCACAAAAUUAAAUAUAGUCUCAAAUAAGCAGCAGAAAAAGUUGGUGUACCUAAAAAGACUUUAGAAGAUUACCAUUAGUUAUUAAAGUAAAUAAAAAUUAGUUAUCAUUUAGAAAAGCUGAAUAAUAUAUUGACUUAAAUGAAGUGGGAGAUAAAAAGAUGGGCUAUUUACGAAGUUUCUUAAAACUUUAAUAAUAGCAAUAACAAAUGUAAUCAGAGAUUUUUUCAGAUGAAGAAAAAAAUAUAAAUACUGAAUAUAUGGAAGAAGAGAAUGAAGUGUAGCAAUAAUAAUAAUAAUAAGAAUAAUAAUUCGAUUUUGAAGAUAUGAUUGUGGAUGGAGAUAUAUAUAACUAUAAUAUGGAUGAAUAAUUUGAGUUUGUCUAAUAACAUGUUUAAACGGUACUGAUCGACCAUCAACUAAAUUAUGAUAAGAAACUAGAUUUUGCAUACAGUGAUUGCGAUGAUUGUGAAACAGAUGAUGAAUUUGAUAAUGAAUGAAU